AUGAGAGAAGUUGAUGACAUAAAAGAAUUAAACUCCAUUCAAACAAUAAAAAGAGAAAAUAAAAUAGCAAAAGUUAUGAUGAAUGAAAGAAGGAAAAAUAAGUUAGAGUGUUGUCAAGCUGGGAAAAAUGGAUUGUUAGUUUUUGGCUAUUGUACGUGUAAAGACACUGAGUUAUUAGUUCUUUAUAAUAAAACAAUAAUUAAAUUAAAGAUUCCUAUUGGAAUUGGAGAAUUUUCUCGGUUUGUUCAAGUAAAAGAGCGAGGAAUUCUUACAAUUGAAUUAAGAAAAAAGGAUAUUCUGAUUGUCGGAAUCCAAAAUGUUUGUUUGGAACGAUACUGGGGAAUAUCUUUUGCUAAUUGGAUUUCAGGAAGAAUAGAAAUUCAUUUUGCCAAUAGGGUACUAGAAGAUUGUUGGAUUUCUUUAUGGCUACGGUCAAUUGAUAACGAAUUAUUAUUUAUUAAGAAAAAAAGAAUGAUGGUUGGUGUUAAAGUUUAUUGUUUUGAUGGCAAAAAUUUAAAGAAAGGGAUGUACUGUCUUCGUCUUCAUGUUAAACAGUUUUUUGAAACUGAAUUGGUUAAAGAAAUUUAUAUCAAUUCACCAUACAUUUCUUCAUAUGAUGUUAUUGUUAAUAAUUAA